AUGUCGAAACAAUAUCUCCAAACGCUCACCAUUCCCGGCGCCCAUCCCACUGAUAUCUUCUCCGUCGCGACCACGCCAACACAUCUACUCACCGCCUCGGGAUCAUCAAGCAUCAAAAUCUAUCGCACAACCUCGCGGACAAUUCACGCAGACAGCACCGAAGAUGAGAACCCAUACCCGUUAGCACAGACACUGGAAGGUGUGCACAAGCUGGGAUGCCAUCAUAUUUGCGCAGCUGCCGAGGGCAAUGCCGCUGCAAGUGUGGGAUUUGCAGGAGAAGUGCUGCUGUGGAAGUAUGAGGCAAAAGACGGCCAUGCGGAGGGCAGCACCUGGGAGGAGAAGGGCGAGAUCAUUGUAGACUCCAAGCAGACUGGCACAUAUUGGGCUCCUGCCUUGAGCUCCGACGGGCAAUUUCUCGCGCUGACGACUUUGCAUGGGCGCGUCGACGUUUACGAGACUGCCAGCAUAUCGACAGGUAACAAUGGGAUCUCAAGCACCACCGAACGGCUCACACAAUACGAGACAAAGGGUUCCUUUGGCAUGUGUGUCGACAUCUCUCCCGACGGCGCCAUGACUGCCUCGGGCCACCAGAGCGGAGCAGUGUACAUCUUCGCGAACAGCACCCGCCGCCUCGCGCACGCCCUCACCGGUCUUAUUCAACCUGUGCGCAGCGUACGCUUCAGCCCCGCGAACCGCUACCUCGCCGCCGCCGGCGACGCACGCAUCAUCGCGCUCUACGACUGCGCCUCGGGUCAGCAAGUCGCAAAUUUCACCGGACACGCCAGCUGGGUGACAGCGCUGGAUUGGAACUGGUCGGGAGAGCUCUUGCUGAGCGCGGCAUACGACGGCAAAGUCAAAGUCUGGAGUGUGGAAAGGCGGGAUUGCGUCGCUACCCAGACAGAGAGUGAGAAGUGCCUCUGGACUGUCCGCUGGUUGUACCAUGCUCCGCAGGCGCGGAAUGAGGUCUUUGUCACGGCGGGCGCGGGAAAAACGUUGGCGUUUUAUCGCGAGGCUAGCGGGACGUGA